AUCGUUCGAGCUCCUGCCGUCGCUCGCGCGCGCAGAGAGCUCUGGUUCUACGCGAGCUAUGGCCCCCCGAUUUCCCGGAGCAUGCACAUGUCAGUCGGUCCGUAGCCGAGCGAUGCAUCGAUUCCUCGCUGUAGCCGCGUAUCGCAUAUCGUAACGCACCACCACUGUACAAUACGGCGUAGUCGUGGCCGCGGAUCGCGGCCAAUGUCAGAGCGGUUCGGGCUGUGUUGUGGACAAUGGCGACGUCGUCGUCCCGACGGCUGGUGUGACAUCCUGACGACGGGCUAGAUGGUCCCGCUACGUUGUCCGGACGCAGUUGCGAUCACGCGCGCAUCGAUUCACGGUGGCUGAAAGCACAUCCCGACGCACCAGGUGUCACGUUCCGCUCUUUUUUCUCUUUCUCCCUCUAUCUCUCUCUCUCUCCCUUUUCUAUCUCUCUCCCUCUCUCUCUUACCUUCCAUCCCCUUCGUCGUCGGCUCCUGUCUGCGCCGUCCGCGAUGGCCGUGAACGCCAACGCGUUGUCCAGUGACAUCAGCCGUAGGAAUCCCCAGGAUGAGUACGAGCUCAUCCAGCGGAUCGGCAGCGGUACCUACGGCGAUGUCUACAAGGCUAAACGGCUGUCCAUGAACGACCUCGCGGCGAUUAAGGUUAUCAAACUGGAGCCAGGUGACGACUUCGCGAUCAUUCAGCAGGAGAUCCUAAUGAUGAAGGACUGCAGGCACCCCAAUAUUAUCGCGUAUUACGGCAGUUAUUUGAGAAGGGACAAGCUGUGGAUAUGCAUGGAAUACUGCGGAGGUGGAUCUUUGCAAGAUAUAUAUCAUAUAACUGGACCAUUAUCAGAAAUACAAAUAGCAUAUAUGUGUCGGGAAACUCUGACGGGUUUAGCUUACUUGCACAGCAUGGGCAAGAUGCAUCGUGAUAUCAAGGGUGCCAAUAUAUUAUUAACCGAGGCGGGUGAUGUAAAAUUGGCAGACUUCGGCGUAUCAGCGCAAAUCACCGCGACGAUUAAUAAGAGAAAGAGUUUCAUUGGCACACCUUACUGGAUGGCUCCCGAGGUAGCAGCUGUGGAGAGGAAAGGCGGCUACAAUCAGCUAUGUGAUAUCUGGGCGUGCGGAAUAACUGCGAUCGAAUUGGCAGAGCUGCAGCCACCGAUGUUCGACCUGCAUCCGAUGCGCGCCCUCUUCCUCAUGUCCAAGUCGGGCUUCAAGCCGCCGACACUGAAGGACCGCGACAAAUGGAGCCCGACGUUCCACAAUUUCGUCAAGGUCGCGCUCACGAAGAACCCGAAGAAGAGGCCGACUGCGGAGAAGUUGCUCCAGCACGCGUUUUUCCAAGGGGAGAUGAGCAAGAGGCUGGCGUUAGAGCUGCUGCAGAAGGUGUCGAAUCCCAGCCACAUGUUCACCGAUCUUGAAGCCGACGAGGACGGUGCUGUGCCUAAUGUUCCGCAGAGAAUAGCCUCGCGCCAUACCGCGAGGCCCAGGCCGAAGAGUAUCUCGCAAUUGGAUAGUGACGACCAAAUCAACCUCGAUGGUGAGACGUUACAGCGAGACUCAAUAUCGCCGUCUGUGGACAGUAAUCCGGCAUGGGACAUCAUGGACAUCAUGAAUAACGUCAAGGCUGUACAUAAUUGUGAUGUGCACCCAGACUGUGGGAUCGGUUCAGCGUUCGAAGAUGUUCAGGAGAAGAGUCUAUUGCAGUACAUUGAUGAGGAGUUGUUGCUAAGGGGGAAUGCAAUGUCGAUGGUUGGUGGGCAUUGCGACCAGCUAUAUUCCCUGCAAGCUACUCUACCGCUCGGGGAAUCUUCGAACGACUGUGAAGUGCAUUGUCCGUACUACAAUGUAUCUGCAUACAGAAUCGAUUCAUGCACAGGGUCCCAAGCGAGCCCCAGACGUCACAGCUCCGUGGACGAAUUGUAUGGCCUUGUCAACAGUUCUCAGUCCUUAACAGCUGUGAAUGGACAACGUCAACGAUCAUUAUCAGACAGCGGCCCCAGGGACGAGUCCACGCAGUCAAACGGCGAUAAUGAGAUAUCGGCGGAUCGAGAUAGGGAAAAUAUGAGUCCUGACUUAUUGUCGGACACACCGCCUGUGCCUCCAAGGAGAAGGGAUCGGAAAAGGCAUACGCCACCAAGACCGAUCAGCAAUGGGCUGCCGCCUACGCCGAAAGUACACAUGGGAGCAUGUUUCUCAAAGGUAUUCAACGGCUGUCCACUGAGAAUACACUGCACCGCGAGCUGGAUUCAUCCGGAUACAAGGGAUCAGCACUUGCUGAUCGCUGCGGAAGAAGGGAUUUACAACUUGAACCUGAACGAACUCCACGAAACUGCGAUAGACCAGUUGUACCCGCGACGCACUAUCUGGAUGUACGUUAUCAAGGACGUCCUCAUGUCCCUUUCCGGAAAAACGCCUCAGUUGUAUAGGCACGACUUGCUAGCGAUGCUGAGUAAGCAGACCCAUAGGUUUUCGUUGCACAUGAAUAAGAUACCGGAGAGAUUAGUCCCUAGGAAAUUCGCCCUCACUACGAAAGUGCCGGACACGAAGGGAUGCACCAAGUGUUGCGUCGGGAGAAACCCAUACAACGGGUACAAGUACCUGUGCGGUGCAAUGCCAGCGGGUAUAUUUCUGAUGCAAUGGUAUGACCCGCUGAACAAAUUUAUGCUUCUGAAACACUUCGACUGCGUUCUACCGUCGCCCCUAAACGUCUUCAAGAUGGUUAUCACGCCUGAAAUGGAAUACCCGAUGGUGUGUGUGUCGGUUAAACAGCCAUAUCAGCAGAACAAACUGAAGCUGGACUUGAUCAACAUGAAUUCAGGAGCGAGUUGGUUCCACAGCGACGAAUUGGAGGACAUGGAUGGUUCAGCGACUGUGAUACCAAGAAGAGAGAAUCUGAACGUUAUUAAUGUCACGCAGUUCGAAAAAGACGCAAUACUCGUUUGCUACGACAAUGUGGUGAAGAUGGUGACCUUGCAAGGGAAACCCCGCGUCAGCAAGAAGCAACUGUCGGAGCUGCAGUUUAACUUUCAAAUCGAGUCUAUCAUUUGUCUACCGGAUAGUGUACUGGCAUUCCACAAGCACGGUAUGCAAGGUAGAAGUUUCAAGAACGGCGAAGUCACGCAGGAGAUUAGUGAUCCGAGCAGGACUUACAGGCUACUUGGCUCAGAUAAGGUCGUCAUGUUGGAGAGCCAUCUGGUUCACAGCGGCACGCUGACCGAGUCGGAAGGGGCGGAUUUGUACAUUCUCGCUGGGCACGAGGCCAGUUACUAAGUAUCGAUUUUAAGUAGCUAACACGCGACCGCACGCCGCGCGCUAUCGUUAUCGCACGAUUUGCGAUUGGACUGCAUGCAACGCGAGACAGCUACCGAUGAGCGGUGAGAUCAAAGUCGCAGUCGAGGUAAAGCACUUCGCUAUAAUCAAUUGUAUUGCGUCGCGCAAUAAUGUACGUAGCCGAGGCCGCUCUGGUGCACUGGCGGAGUGUCCAGUGCCGUAGUAGUCGCCGAUGUCUCCCCGCGUAAUCGAUAUCGCGGUAACUAUUUUCUUUUUCUUUUUUCUCUAACGAGAGGAUCCUAGAGUUCCAGACAGUUCCUUCGAACUCUCACCGGAUUGUCCUUCGAAGGACACGAGUCAAAGGACUGUAAGGGAGAAAGAGAUUGAAAUUCAGAAAGGCAGAAACGUAAACAAGAGAGAGAGAGAGAGUGUGUAUACGCGAAACUGUCCUUAUGCCUAAUUAAAUGAAGCCAAUAGCCGCAACUGCUUCGAGAAAUAUCGGAUUGAAAGUUCACUCGUCAAUUUAACUAUAUAUGUGUGAACUACGCUCCUCUGUAGAUCGUGUAUAAUUACGGAAAGACUAGAGAGAACGAGAUCGAAACCUCGAAAAAAAAAAACGGAGUCUUCCUCGGAGAGCUGUAAAAGUGACGAAGGUCAUAACAAUAGAGUUCACUGCGUCGAUCGACACGAGAAUGAUAUAGAUUAUACAAAAGUGUGGUAUUUUUUUCUCGAAUAUAAAUUUGUCCAUGUUCCACAAUGAUAAGCGCAGCGAAUCGAGAAACUCGGGGGAGAGAGAGAGAGAGACUGCCGAGGUUUCGAUUGCGUUCUCGAACGAUGCGAUAGCAUCGCCAAGUACAUAAAACGCUAACAGAUAACGCGCAACAUAAAUAUUUGUUAGAAAUAUGAUAGAGAUUCUUUAUAUAUAGCUAAAUUGACCGACGAAUGAAACAACCGCAUCGGAAUCAUUGUCCUCUCUUUCUGGAGUCACACAGAGUGACCGUGUAAUAGCUCUUAGCCUUCGAGAACCGUUUAAUUGUGAAUAGCGUUUAUUAGGGUAAGACCUCACGUGUUUGUAUCCUUAACGAUCACGAGAUUAGUAGGCGAGACGAUAUUUAUAUUCUUACACCGAGUCACGCAUAGUUUUCGAAGGUUAAAACGCUACGUCGCUCUGCAAUGGCCGGAUGGCCACGCCGAAGAAAAAGAUUCAGUAAUAAGUAACUUUGAUGACUAAAAUUUGAUGAAUAUUUAUCGAUCAAAUGUUUGAUUACCGCAAGCAAAUAAUUUAGUAUACUAAAAUGUCUGUACAGUCCAGCAAACAUCAGCUACACUUAGAGGAAAAGACUCUAAAAAUUUAUUUGUGAAAUAUAAGGUUUAUUUCGCAGAAAUAAGUGUUUAUUUAAA